AUGUUCAAACAAAUAUUGCUCGUUUUCUUCAUUUUGAUUCUCUUUAGAAAAGCAAUGUCUUUGAGCUCAAAAUACGUGUCGUGCUCAAACGGAAGUGGAUCCUCUUGCAAGAGCUACUUGGAAGUCCAAAUACCGCUAUCAUAUGGCAACUCUCAACAAAUGAACUUUGAUUUAUCAUCGGGGGUUAACGAGCUUGGUAAUUCUAUCAUGUUUAAAUCAAUUAAAAUAUCCGUUAAGAAAUCUCAGCCAAAAGCUAUCUAUCCAUUGAUUUACGUCGGUACUUUUAAUGGCAAGCCAACAGAGAAGAUCAUUAUUAAGGACGAUAUUCUUGUACCAACUUGUGACGAUUCUCCACUAAGUAAUAAUCCCACAUGCGGAUGGAAGAAGAAUGAAAAGGAGAAAAAGUUUUGGAAGUCAAGGUUUUUGUUGUUCAUGCAGCUUCGAGCAAAUGAUGGGAGCGUCACAACAAACAAGAGCUUCCUUGAAUUGUGGAUUCCUUCAGAUGAAAUCUUCGGCUCAUUGCCUUGUUCUCCAUGA